GAGCCGCCGCCGCCGCCCCCGGCCCGGCCCCGCCACCCCGGCCGGUGCCUCCCUCUCUCUCCCCCCGCACCAGGACACGCUCAGGCCGGGACGGACCAUGAGCGAUGACCCAACACCCUGGGACAACGCGACCGAGAGCGCCACGGCGGUGCCCGGCGAGGUGUCCCCCCAGGAUGGGUACGUGCUGCUCCUCGCCCUGCUCUCCAUCUUCAUCGGGGGCACCCUGGUCCUGCUCUCGGGCAUCCUGAUCAUCUGCCGGCGCUGCUGCGAGGCCGACCGCCGGCACUCCAGAGCCAGCGAUGACCCUGAGAAAACCAACACCACUUACCUGGAUGACUCGCAGCCAGCGCAGGAUAUCACUGUCAAAGUGGAGGACCCCGAGUGCCUGUCGUCCUCCAGCUACCGGGAUGCGGAGAGCGAGCGGUUCCUGUCCUCCAGCUCCUCCACCGCCCGCCGCGUCUCCUUCAACGAGGCCGCGCUCUUUGACCAGGGCAAGAAGACCCAGGAGAAGGGGAGGAGGUACACGCUGACGGAGGGGGACUUCCACCACCUGAAGAACGCCCGCCUGACCCACCUGCACCUCCCGCCACCCGCCCUCAAGAUUGUCACCAUCCACGAGUGCGAGUCCAGCGAGAACAGCCUGGCCAUGACCCCCCGCCUGCCCCCGCCCAAGCCCGGCCUUGCCAUCUUCCAGCGCCCCACAGGGGCCCUGCCCCAGCCGGUGCUCCCCAGCCAUGCCGUGGGCCCCAGCUCUGCCCUGCCCGGGGACACCUACAACUCCACCGUGGACACCAGCUUCACCGAGGCCAGCCCGGCUGCCUCCUCCGACUCCGGGGAGGGCCCCUCGUUUGCAGCAGCCCCCAGGAGCGGGAAGGCAGCUGGGGUGGGCAGUGCCAGCCCCGGGGAGCCCCCUCCGACCCCCCCCCAGGGCCCCGUCCUGCAGUUCUUCACCCGCCUGCGCCGCCACGCCAGCCUGGACGGGGCCAGCCCCUACUUCAGGAUCAAGAAGUGGAAGCUGGAGAGCACCCAGCGGGCAUCCAGCCUGGACACCAGAGGGUCCCCCAAGCGCCGGCAGUUCCAGCGGCAGCGGGCGGCCAGCGAGAGCAUGGACCAGGAGGACCGGGACCCCCACCAGACCGACAUCAUCCAGUACAUCGCCCACACCGACGACGUGGCCUUCCACCCCGCGGGGGGCCCCUUCCUGCCCUCCCCCGCCAGCCCCCCACCCUCUCUCGGCAGGCUAGAGCCGGGCGAGGGGGGCGCGGGCAGCCCCGGCGAGGCCGGCGGCCCCGAGCAGCCCAGCGCCUACCACGACAUCUGGAGCCUGCGCGCCUCGCUGGAGCUGUACGCGGCCUCCGAGCGCAGCAACGACCAGGACUCCGUGCGCAGCGACGGCGGGGACAGCAUCUCCUCUGCCGGCGGCGUGGCCCCCUGCCCCUCCUCCUCCCUGGACGAGGCCGAAGGGCCCGAGGAGAAGUUCUGGGGUCGGUCCAAGACGGAGGAGUCGGAGCCCGGCACCCGCAAGCUGCUGCAGAUGGACAGCGGCUACGCCUCCAUUGAGGCGCCGAGCCGGGGGGGCGAGGAGGGGCCCCCCAAGGACCAGACGGCCUCCGAGAAGCGCAUUUGCUUCACCAGCGCCGGGCGGAAAGGAACCAUCUUCGAGAGCUUCGAGGGCCGGGAGCCGGAGGAGGAGGAGGAGGAGGAAGAAGAGGAGGAGGAAGAGGGGGGGAGCACGGCCCUGGGCGCAGCGGGCGGGGGACACCUCCGUCCCCACAGCCCCCUGGCCUGGUCGCCGUACGGGCAGAUGUUCCCGGGGCGGGAGGCGCUGCCCCGGCGGGAUUACAGCAUCGACGAGAAGACGGACGCGCUGUUCAACGCCUUCGUGCGCCACGACCCCCAGUUCGACGAGUCGCCGCUGCGGGGGAAGCACCGCUCCCGCACCCACCUGCGCAAGCAGUGGCAGCACGCGAAGCAGUUCAGCGACCCCGGCGUGCGGUACCCGGCGCUGGAGCGGCACCGGACGCCCCUGCGCCGCGGCGACAGCGCCAACUACCCCCUGGACGCCCGGUUCCACAGCCCCCUGCCCCGCAUCGUCAGCGCCGGCGACGAGGAGGCGGCCGAGGCGGCCGAUGGGGUCCCUCCUGCCCCGGCACUGCCCGACCCGGAGAUCCAAGUGAUUGUGGAGGAGCCCGGCGAGGCGGCCCCCGAGCCCAAGGCUGGCUCCGAGCCCCCUGAGGACGACGACUGCCCCGGCCCCGGGAGGUGCCUGGGGCUUGGCUCUGGCUCGGAGCUGAUGGACAAGAUCACCGGUGGCCUGGAGGAGCGGCUCUAUGGGCACCUGAGGAGAGCGGGAGAGACCCCCGAGCCCGUGGUGGCCGUGGCGGCCAGUGAUGCCCCCCCCGACCACAGCCCGGUCUAGGCCCACCCCGAGGGGGAGAGACCCUGGCACGGGGGGACUUGGUCCCCACUAGAGUUCGGGGCUCCAUCCCCUCCUGCUGCCGGCGUGGGGACCAGCCCGGUGCCCGGUGCCCUGUGGGAAGGGUGUCCCGGCCUGGGAAGGCCAGGAGGGCAUGUGGGGUCCCCUGGCUGUACCCCCCACCACGGGGGUCCGGUAGCGUGGGGUGGCCAAGCCCUCUGGCUCCCGGGAGCGAGGUGCCAGGAGAGGGCCCGGGCUGGGAGUGCCCCGGGGGUCGGGGCGCAGAGAAGGAGCCGAGCGUCGGUCGGGGGUCAGUGCCGGGGGACUUUGCUGACCCCCCACCCCACUGAGCCCCCGGCAGAGCCCCGAGCCAGCUCCGCUCUCCCCUCUCUCCGUGGUUUUACAAGCAAUAAGCCUCUCCUCCAGCCGGGAACGUCCUGCCAGGAAGGGGCCGGAGCUGGGUGUUCCCCACCGGGGGAUGCUGCGGUGCCACCCUGGCAGGGGGGGUAGUUUGGGGAGGGGGGAGUCACCUCCUCAAUCUCACAGUCCCCAGUUCUGCAGGGAGCCUGGGAUCUAAACUGGAAGUGGAGGGUCUGGGGCGGGGGGCUGCUCGGGGGGCCACGGGGGAGCCGGGGGUCCUGCAGUGGCAGCCUGGGCUGGGCAGGACCGGCCCUGGGGGCCCCAUAAAUGCCCCCUGGAGGGGUGGGGGCUGCUCAGGUGGGGGUACAGGGUGAGAGCAGAGCAUGGGGUCCCCAGUGCACGCUGUGGGUGACCCCCAGUGUCUCCCACCCCCCGGGGGCUCAGCGGGGGCUCGAGGUGCCCGGAGGAUAUUUAUUGAUUUUUACAGAGGUGGCUGCUGCUCCGGGGUGGGGUUUGCUUUUACUGGGUUUUUAUUUGUGUUUCAAAGGAUGGGGGGAAAAAAAAAGAGAACAAAUCCUCACCCCAGCCCAGCUCCAGCUGUGGCACCUGGGACUCGGCAGCAGGGGAGGGGACAGGCAGGGGCCCCCAGACCCCAUUGCAUGUGAGUAGAGGCCGGGUCCCCCCUUCCCUCUGCGCAGGCUCUGCCCAAAGCCCUCCCUCCAUCAACCCCGCGUUUUUAAGUCUAUAAACAAAGGAGAAAAAACAAAACCAACCGA